AUGUCUGCGCCCACGUUGACAAAGAGGCAAAUCCAACAGACACUAAGGAAAGGAAAUAGUAAGCAGACGUCGAAGACUGUAUUGUCUAACCCAUAUAAUAAACAAUGGCCAACUGUCCAGGAUGAUGUUCAACAGGAAAUUCUACACCGCCUUAUCAGUACAUUAAAGUCACUAGAUAUUGCCAGACCUAAAAGUUGUAAAAAAAGAAAGAAGACAGAAGAUACAGAGAAAGAUACUGUAUUGCCUGUGGAUGAGGAAAAGCAGUCCAUCAGGAAACAGCUGCUGUUUGGUGUGAAUCAGGUGACCAGAGGAUUGGAAAAAGAUGAGGUGCGAUUGGUCAUGACAUGUAGGUCUGCUCAACCAGUGAUUAUAACAAGACAUAUGAUUGGUUUAUCAUCCUUAAGGGGAUGCCCAGCAAUCUGCAUCAAUGAUCUCAACAAGUCUUUGUGCGAGGUGAUGAAUAUGACAUCAGCUGUUGCUGUUGCAUUCAAGAAAAAAACUGAAACGGGAGAUCCAAGUGUUUUUGAUGAUCUGGUGGAAUUUGUAGUGAAGAAUGCCCCCGAAAUAACAUUGCCUUGGUUAGCUGGAAAUUCAGGUGAUAUAUCGAACACAGAGUUGGUGGAAACCGGCACUGCAGAUGCUCAAAAUAGAUGCUGUGACCAAGACAUGAAAGAAGUUGCUGUGGCAGAAUCUGAUCCCGGAAACAUUUCUCAUAACGCCUCCAAAGACAAAGAAAAGUCACAUGUAAUUCAAACUUCAGUUCCUUUAACAGAAUCUUCUGUAGAGAAAAGGUCUGACAAAGUUCCUACAGACAGUUUCAUAUCACACAAAAAGCAAGCAGAUAAAACACCAGUGGAUUACUCGCGUUUCUAUGUGUAUAAAUCUGAAGCUACAACAUCAAUGAAAAAGUGGCCUGAGUUUCUCAAGUUCUCUAGUGAUCCAGAAGAGUCUGUAGAUUAUAAAUCUGUGGAUUAUAAAAACGUAACAAUUAACGAGUCUACAGACUAUAAAAAGGUAUCGGUUAAAAGAAUUCCAUCUAACCCCGAAAGAAAGAAAAAGAAAAGAAAAUUGAAAAAGUAAGGGAGUGACUAUUA